AUGGCAAGUAAUGAAGAUAGCGAUUGGAUUUAUUUUAACCCUCCUUUAUGGCUACAAAGACGAAUUUCCAUUAAUCUCGUGUUACAAGAGAGUAAGGUUACUUCGGUAGUUGACUUUGGUUGCGGAGAGGGUUCACUCCUCUCUUUUCUUGUUCAACCUUGGGAAAAGUCACCACCAAUUACGCGUCUUACCGGUGUAGAUAUCUGUUAUGAAACAUUGAAAUAUACAGUGGAAAAUUGCCGUCCAAGAAAAGAAGACACUGACAAUUUAAGGCUAACUCCUUUGACAAUAGACCUAUACCAAGGAAGUAUUGAUAGUGCCGACGAAAGGCUACUAGGAUUUGAUGCUUUGGUGUGCUCGGAAGUAAUAGAACAUGUUUAUCCACCAGUAUUGAAUAAAUUUUUUGAAGUUGUUCUUGGAACUUAUAAACCAAAAAUUGUGAUCGUAACCACACCUAAUGCGGAAUUUAAUGUAUAUUUUCCACAAUUAAAGUACGGAACACCAGAAGCAACGUUUAGGAUUGAUGAUCAUAAAUUUGAAUGGACUAGGUGUGAGUUUCAAGAAUGGGGUAACGCAGGUGCGGCAAAGUACAAUUAUUCUGUUGAGUAUAGUGGGGUUGGAACACUAAAAGACGGUGAUCCUGCAGUAGGCUGUGCUACUCAAAUUGCCAUAUUCCGAGAUUUGCGUCCAGAUGACAAGCCUUUAUUAUCGGCUUUCGGAAGUUAUGAUCAUAUUGAUAAAAUCGUAUUUCCGAUUUAUGAUGAGCCUGAUAAAAGCAUUUCAGAGAUUCUUGAAGUUAUUCAUUACUACAUGAAAUUCCUUUGCAAUCCGGUUGUGAAAGAACUCGAACAACAAAAAGGAUUUAAAAAAAACUGUGUUAAAAUUGACUAUAUUUGGGAUAUACAUCGAAUUAGACAACUUUGUAAAACUAGAAAUAAUUUGUUAGAGAUACUUGAUUCCAGCAUAGAUUUUACAUUACUAAACGUUGAUGAGGUACUCGCACAUGUAGAAUAUAAACUUGAUUCACCAAAGGAAGAAAACGACGAAUAUGAUUGGUGCACAAAUGACGAAUAUGAAAUGGAAUCAGAUUGGAAUGCUGAUGACACUAAUAAUAGUGAAUUGUAUCAUGACUACGGGAACAAUAACUUUGAAGAUGGAAAAUGGUCUUGUGAAGGUUCAUUUUCUGUAGAUAGUCAGCAUUUGCAAUCGGAUUGGGACAAUUGA